UCACAUAGGGAUAAUAACUGCAACUAGCGGUGAGCCUUUAGACUCAGUAAAAAAUGUAAAUACAUAAUUUAAUAAUAUUAUUAUUUGCCAUUUCUAAUGUUAAAGCAUUUCUAAGCACGUAAUCAUUCAUGUAGGCUACUGUCAACAGAUUUACUCCAAGGUCCCUUUAAAUGGGGCUUUUCUGAAAUGUUAGUUUUAAUUUUCCUGCAGCAUGAAUCUGUUCUAUAUUCGUACAUGAUCGUUUAUUUGCCAAAUAAGAAAUUUACGGCGAACAAUAUUUAUUGUAACCGUUAAUAGACAGAAUAUCGAGUUUGCGGCUGUUCCCAUGGGAACAGAAUGUGAGUUGGCCUAGUACACACCGAUGUGCUGAGAUUUGAUCCCAGAAGAUGGGCUUCCUCACAGACUUCCUCACAAGUUCAUUGUGCAAUGAGUAAUAUCUCAAACUGACUUCACCAUGUCAUCACCCAAGAGAGAACCUCAAGGAAAUGUCUUUACAGGACCUGCGAUUACCCAAAGCAAAAGAGAAAACAGGCCCGACUGCUCAUCAGAUUGCAGUUUUGAUCUUAUAGCCUCUCAGCCUCGACUGCUAAGUCGUCAAUCUCUUAUUGCCACACCAGCUUUUAAGCGUGAACCCUCACCUUUUCGCGCCCUCAGUUUCAGGACCUUGUCUCCACCACAAAAUGAUCUGUCUGUUGUUAAACUACCUCAGCUGGUAUCACAGAUGGGCACUGGACUGGCAGUCAGAGAGACUGUGUGGAACGAAGGACCCCGUUUUGUGACACCUGUCAAAGAAACCUGUCAGCCCUCAAAUGUCGGACACUUCAGUGCUGAACAUGAGAAGCUUGCAGACCCAAAGGAAAAGACUAAAACAGGGAAAGAGUGCAAACCCAAACCACUCACUGGAACUGAGGUAGUUGAGAUAUUAGCCAAGAAAAAGCAUCUGGGGGAACGUGAAUUUUACUAUUUGAAGACUUCUGAAGAUGGUCCUCACAGGCCAUAUGACUUGAGAGUGGUCUCUCGCAGUGCAGCAGGCGCAGAUUACUACACCUUCUCCCCCACAACUGUAAUACAUAUGCAGGAUGGCUUCUGUGUUGAACUCAGGACCCUGGCAGAGUGGUAUCGAGAGUCUGUGCUUUGGGGAGCUGUAAGAAGCAUCCCAUUUUUCAGAGAUUAUUUACUGCGCAAGACCUUCAAACGAUGGCACAGAAAUGUACACAAGGUUACUGUCGAACGCAGGAUUGACUGCCUUCCAUCUCAGCUGCUGACAGCAGUGCCCCAGUUCAGAGAUGGCUUAUUACAAAUCUCCAGAUUAAUUGAGGAGCUAAAGCAAGUCACUUGGCUGCCACGGGAUGAUUUAAGGACUUACACACUCUUAGAUUUCCAAAGCGCACUCCUGGAAAAGAAUCAGACAGCUCAAGUUUCUUUACAUAGUUUCCUACAUUGCCGUGCUGCAAUACUUGAUAUGGUGAAGGAUAGGAGUUACCAAGCACAUCAGGAGCUCCAAAUGAAAGUGGAACACACAAAGCUCUACAAGAGCAGUCCAUCCCUAUACCUUCAGCUCACAUACUUUAGAAACCUACAGAAAGAACUCAGUAAGGCAGAGCAAGCCAUACAGUCGCUGGGAAACCUCGCUGCUCUAGCUGACCACAUGACUGUUCAAAACCUUGUCACCAUCUCAAAGCGUGAGAUCACAGCAUUCCUAAACAAUGUUUUAAAAAGAGAACGGGAGCAACAGGGUGGUCUCUUCCAGGCAGAGAUUAUAUUCGGAGCAGAUGAUCAGCUUGCUGUUUUUCCUCCAUUGCACUUGUUUCAAGAGGUUUUGCUUGGAGCGGUUUUAUCAGUAGCAGACUCUGUCCUGCAGGUAUUUGACUCCUGCAGUUUGUCAUGUGACUCUAAAGGCUGUUUGCCCACCAGUUGUAUUGAAGACCUCAUUGCAGAAUUUAAAGCCAAAGGUUGUGAAGUAACAGGUCGGUACAGUGUUUCCUCCCAAAUGAAGCAUGAUAUGUCACCUCAAACUGUAGUGCCUGUCAAAAUGAACUCUCUCAGGGUUCAGGCACAAAGAGUGCAAGGUCAUUAUCAUCCUCUGCCACGGAGACUGCUGGAGUGGAACUUGAAAGUGCAUGUUGGAACACAAGAGAUUCAGAAUAAGCAGGAAAAGAUUGCACAGGACGCCAUUACAGAGGUGCUCCAGUUGUGCAAGAGCCACUCUUGGUUGAUAGGUGUUCAUUUGUUCACCAGUCAGUGGGGUUCAGUCUCUCUAGAGACCUUACGUGGAUGUUCCCCUCUGAAAUAUGAGGAGCUAAUCAAGAAACUUCAUUUUUGGAUGGACAAAUUUCACAGCAUGCCUCAGUUCUUCACUACAUCAAAUAAGUUGUUCACUCUUGAGUUCUCCACCAUCCAAAAGGAUAUUGGUUCCAUGUUAAUCACUAUUGACCAGGAUGUGCUAAAGCUACUGUGUGAAGAUUUGCAAAUACGUUCUGAGAAUCUCUCUUCUCAGCUGAAAAGAGCCAUGGAAGUCAUGGAGUCUGAGCCAAACACUUUUCACAAGUUCACAGUUUUUUCAAACAUGGUAAAGUGCUGCGAGAGAAUGUCAGGAGAUAUGCAGCAGAAGCUGGAAGACCUCCACUCCCUACAGGAAACUGUGAGAAGGAAUUAUGCACACAUGGCUUCAAAUGAUAUUAUCUCGAUGAAGCAGAUAGUUGACUUGUGGAAUCAGUUUGUUCCACUCCUGAAAAAAGCUGCAGAAAUGGUUACCCAACAGCUUCCUUCUAUGCUUGAUACACUGGACAGCAAUGUUUCCUCAUUAGUAAACGAAUUAGACAGCCUGGUUUCAAGAGCCACCUCUGGACACUAUCUUGACCCUGACCAGAAUGGCAAAGAAAUGCCUGUCCAGCUGAAAGAAUUGUGCAGUCAAUUCUAUGUGAUUGCUGAGCAGUUGAAUGAUCAUAGCAGAGCCAGUGAAAUUCUGAGAGGUCACCAACUGGAUCUCACUUUUGUGACUGUAGCACAGCAGAAUAUUGAAGCAAGGAAAGGGCUUUGGGAGCUGAUGAGCAUGUCGUCCAAAAAAAUUCAAGAGUGGAAGCUACUGAAGUUCAGGAAGUUUGAGGUGUCUAAAACCCAAGACAAGGUUAGUGAAUGGCUACAGCAGGCAGAGGCAUUUGCAAAAAUUAUACCCUCCCAUGAUGCUUUGCUACAGAAAACCCUACAGAUUUUGCAGGGGUUCAACCAGCUACUCCCUGUUUUGAGUAAGCUGAGAAGCCCCACACUGAAACAGAAGCACUGGAGAAACAUAUCAAAGGGAGUUGGUCUAUUGUUUGACAGCGAAUGCAAAGUAACGCUGGCUGAUCUCAUGACCAAAGAGCUACAGAGGCAUCAAAGUAAAAUCAACAAGGUCUGUCUAGAUGCCAAAGCUGAGGCAGACAUGGAACAGACUUUCAGAGCACUUCAGAGACACUGGGAAGGGGCAGAAUUCAAUCAUACCAGGUUCAUUAUUACUGUCCAGCAACAGCAGAGCCCACAACAAUCCAGUCAAAAUGCACCAAAGCAUCACAUUCGUGAUGGUGGAACCUUCACCAUUAUUGGUUUAGAGAUGCUUUUGGCUCAGACUAAGGAAAGUGUUCUGACCUUUUCUGAUAUGCUGCGUUCUCCACAUGUUGCUGAGUUUCAGAAAGAUGUUGAACACUGGCUGCUGCUUUUACAAGAGCAAGAUAAACUGCUUGAUAUAUUUGAGCGAUAUCAGCAGAAAUGGAUCUUUUUAAGCAGAACAUUCAAUGAAAUACGCUUCCAAAAGUCUGAGUUGCAAGAGAAGUUUCACCCAGUGGAUAAGGUAUUUCGUGAAAUCAUUGAGAUCACAGUUAAUGACCCACAUGUAUCCAGUUUUGUUCAACUGAGUGAAACAACAGAGGCCAGUGACAGUUUACAAGGACAGAGUCUACGUGCUGCCUUUAUGAACGGACUCACAACAAUGGAGGAGAUUUCCAGUCACUUACUCUACGUCUUAGAGUCACCACGAAACCUGUUCCAUAGACUCUACUUUCUCAGUGAUGGAGAGGUGAUGAAACUUCUCUCUUUACAGCUCCCAGCACCUUCCUCACUUUUACCUCUGGUGCAGAAAUGCUUCAAGGGAGUGAAGCAGCUUGAUGUUCAAGUUAAAGAUGAUGUUUGCAGUGAAAAUUAUUUAUCAGCUCUAAGUAAUGAACAAAUGUGGGUACAUGGUGUAUAUGGAGAAUUUAGUGAACAUGUUCCCUUCGUCUGUCCUCUUGAGUCAAACCUCAGUCCUGUGGCUUGGCUUAAUCUCUUUGAGCAAAAAUUGUAUCAAGCAGUGAAACAGACAUUUCUGAAAUGCUUAGCUGUCCAGCAAAAUUCAAUGCUUGAAAAGUUUCCUGGCACCCCAGACCUGAUUGGGAAUAGCAAGGGGAACAGUUCAGAAGUAACUCAUGAACCUCCUUCACUGUUGAAACUAAUAUCUCAGUUUCCUUUGCAAUGUCUUUUGGUGGCAGAGGAAGUUUUGUGGUGCAGUAUGGUCCAGAAGUCAUCACAUUGUACUACAACUGGCAUGUGGAUGAGAAUCAAAUCCCAAAGUGCAGCAAAACUGCAAUAUUUGUGCCAGCUUAUAAAAGAACACGCUGCAAAUUCAAAUGAGAAACCAUCCCAACACACUUUGACAGCUUUGCGUGCCUUCGUUAUGAUGACCAUGAAGCAUUCUGGCCAAACCAAUGGGCUAGUUGAAGUAAAAGGAGAUUUGGAGUCCUCUUUUGAAUGGCACAAGCUUAUGAAAUAUUACAUUAUCCCAAAUGCUCAUGCAAUGACUUCUGAUUUACUUCCAUCUCAAGAAGAUCAGACUGUCUGUGUUGACAUUCUGAGCACACAAUUGCCAUAUGGCUAUGAAUACAUUGGACCUGAGAAUUGGACGAUGGUGACUACCCCUUCAACUGAGCAAGCUUACAUGGGCAUAAUUCUUGCCUUGUCAAGCUUCAAGUGUGCUUUCAUCAGUGGACCCCACAUGUCAGGCAAACAGCAUGCCGCUGUGCAAUUGGGUUAUGCACUGGGACGACAAGUGGUCAUCUUGAAGUGUUGUUUAAAUACUGGUUCCUCAGUUGUUUCCCAAAUGCUUCUAGGUGCUUUUCAAACUGGGGCUUGGCUUGUGCUUGAUUCCGUGGAGUUGUUGGAACAAGGGACAUUGUCUGAGCUGGGACAACUUUUGACUGAAAUUCAUCAACAUUUAUCAGCAGUUCAAAGACAAGCACAAAAGGAAGGACAUGAGUUGUCCUCCACAGAUGGAAAGUGUAGCAGUGGAGAAUUCAUCAAAAAGUACAACAGUACAGUGAAUGAGGUGGAAUGUCACUUUGCUGGAAAAAAUAUUUGGGCCAAGCUAACUUAUGGAUGUAUCACAAUCUCAGAUAAUGGCUACUCAACUGAGAUACCAGAAAAUUUGAGAGCUGCAAUGAGGCCUGUUGCAAUGAUGCAGCCACACUACAGAAUCAUUGCAGAAGCGAUGUUGGUGUCAUUCGGAUUCUCUGAAGCAGCUACAAUAAGUCGCCGCCUGGACUCUCUCUUUAGCCUUGCUAAGGAUUCACAUUGCCUCCCCGAUUUUGUCAGUGGAUAUCAGACCUCUUGGCUUGUGCUUCUCAAAAAUGUGAUUGUUGCCUCUGGAACACAUUUACAUCUCUCUCGUCAUUUGGAAAAAACUGAUAAGGGUACAUUUUCUAGUCCGAACGAAACAGGAUCUGCAAAUACAAACCUUGAAACAAUGCCAGAGAAGGUCAAGUUUGUUAAUCAGUCUAAUGCAAUUAUAAAUGCGGAGUUAGAGGAGCAAGCAGCAGUCAAAGGAGUUCUGUCAGUCAUGCGGUAUACUGUCUCAGAUCCAAAGAGAGCAUCACAGUUUUAUACAUUAUUUGAGGAAAUCUUUCCAAAAGUGAGGUACUUUCCAAGUCUACAGCAGUUCUUUGAUCAAGAUGAACAAAGUAUGCUUAGAAAUGUAGUGGAAGACGAGUCACAUCAACAAGGAUUUUAUCCAGACACGCAAAUGCUUCAAAAUGUGUUGAUCUUGCAUCAAGCUCUAAAGCUCUCCAAUGUUGUAGUGCUCCUUGGACCAGCUGGUAGUGGCAAAACAACUUUGUAUCAAGCCCUUGUGAGUGCACUUAAAAAACUUUCCAGGGAUCUGGAGGUUGAAUCAGCUUGUCAUCCUAAAAGAGAUCUUAAAGACAUCUAUCAUCAUUUGUCUAUGCCAUGUUGGGGCUCUGUUAGCACCGAGGUCAUAUUCCCCAAUACCUUGACCCACAAACAGUUUUUUGGUGGUUAUUUUGGCAUAGACAACUCCUGGUCUGAUGGAGCUUUCACUAAAGCUUUAAGACAUUCAGAGCAGCCAUGCCCAUCGACCCUUUCAAAAGAAAGCAAACUGUGCAAAUACAGCGUGAAAUGGAUUGUGCUGGAUGGUGAUCCAUUUGGCAGACCUGCUUGGAUGGACUCUUUGAUUACCCUUUGCGAUCUUGAACAUCCUUAUCUUUACCUUCCAUCGGGAGAGAAAACUGAGCCAUCAAGACUGAAAAUACUAGCUGAGGUCACAAACCUUGGUGAUUCAACCCCCUCUGUAGUGACACACUGUAGUCUGGUAUAUGUUUCUGGAGAGAACCUGUGGAGAUCUGUGUGGAAGUGUCAGAUGGAUGUGCUCUCUAGGGAGCAUAAUGUGGACGAGGUUACUCUGGAAAUGUGGAGUCACCUUGCUGAAGACCUUUUCCCUGACACACUAGUGUUUCUCAAAAACAAAGCACUUUCUUCAGUGCUGGCCAGUGAUGGGUACACUGGCCACAUUUUGAUCUUUUUGCGGGAGGCCCUGUAUAAGAGCCAUUGUGAAGUUGAUACUCCACCAGGAGGCACGGUAUUUGAGCAUUUCUUUGAAUUCAGUAAGGAAAUGAGAGACACAACCAAUUUCAUCAACUGCAGUAGGCGUAAGAGGCCACAGGUCUUCUUCACAUCUGUGCCUCAGUACGAAAUACAUGCAUAUCUACUGGACAUGCUGCUGGAUGUUCAACAGCCAGCACUUCUUGUGGGAGAGUCUGGUUCUGGCAAAACAAUGCUGUGCAAGUCUUUAAUAUCACGUGCAAGACCACAUAUCCAUUUACCUGCCAGUCCAGGCCUUCACCGUUCUGACUUGUGCAAUGCAUUCAAGAAAGUUAGAUACCAGGACACUCAACUAAACAACAUGAAGGUCUUAAAGCAACCAGACCUACUUCUGUUCAUUGAUGACCUUCAUGAAGCACCAUUUGAUGCUUAUGGUAAAACAUCAAUGACUCUAGAGACAUUGCGUCAAUGUAUUUCUAGAGGUGAAGUGUUGACAUCAGAUGGCUCUCACUUCAAGCUGUUUCAAUCAAGAGCCAUUAAUUAUCUAGGCACUUGCAGUGCUCCUAAUGCAGACAACAGCAGUCGGAUGUCUCCCCGGCUCUCUCGACUCUUCACCACGUUGUCUCUCCCAAGCAUGUCUUCUGAAAUCCUGUUUUCUAUUCAUUCCUCGAAAUUGCAACCAUGGUUGAAAGAAAUACAACCCAAGCAGAAAGUUGUGGAUAUGGCAAAUUGCAUCAUAACCUCAACUCUGGAUGUGUGUUUUUCAGUGCGUAAAUGUUUUACUGCUGCUUCACACAGUCCAAACUUCAUCUUUUCUUUGCAUGAUAUUCACAAAGUGUUUCAAGGGAUGUACCUCUGGAGGCCAAGGCUUGAUGUCCAGCAGGCUCUUCAGAGUAGUCUGGGUUCAACUGAGAAAAAAGUCUUUUUUCCAUCUGCUCUUGGUCAUGUAGCUCUUGAUCUCAACAUUGUCCGUCUGUGGAUGCAUGAGUGUUUGCGCACUUUUGGUGAUCGCCUAGCUUCAGAGGAGGCAUGCCAAAAAUUAAUCUCAAUUUUAGCUGAAGUUUCUGAGAAGAAUUUUGGCACUAGAUUGUCAGCUGAAUCCCAAACACCUUCAGCAGAUACAUCAAGCCUUACAGAUCAAUCAUCUGUAUCAAGCACAUGUAAUGUAAACCAGCAACUGGAUUCAACACCUUCCCAGUUGGAAGAGAAUGUGUCUCCCUUGCUUGGAAUGGCAGAAGUUCAGCCAGAGAGAGAAGAGAGCUAUGUUGUAGAGAGCAACUCCAGCUUGUAUAGUCCAGGAAUUGAUGAGGAUGGAUCCUCAUACAUGAAGGAUGAAGUAAAAGAUGAUGGAAAUGUUGAGAGUGAACCAGGAACAUCAGAGUGUAAAUCUGAAUCUGCAACUGAAUCCUCAAGUUGUUCAUUUCAAAUGAUGUUUUCUUCUCAUUCUCAUUCUGGUGAAAACAGAUAUGACUACAUAAACCAAAAACCAGCUGCACACGAAGAGUUUCUGCAGCUUCUACAGGAAACAACUUCUUUCAUCCAGAAUGUGGUCUUCAGUCCAGAACUUUGUGAGGCGCUGAACAACAUUGUUCAGCAUCAUAAUUUUAAACGCAACUGUGUGUAUCAGGAAAGAGAUGUAAAUAUGUUGAUGGACCAAUUGGUUCAUACUAUUAAAAGCAGAGAAGAAAAUAAAAAGGGAAAUUCUGAUGACACUUAUUAUAGUCCUAAAUGGGCUGUGCAUCACCAGAACAUACAUCAGCUUGUGCAUAUCAUCCGAGCUUUUCUCAUUCCUGGUGGACACGGGGUUCUGUUUGGAGCAACAAAGAAAACGGGCAGAAAGACCACUGUACGUCUAGCAGCUGCUCUGACGGGAUACCAACUAAUUGAGGUUCAUCAUGGAAAUGAGACCAAGUUGUGGGAAAUGAUUAAAGAGGUUUGGAGCGGAACUGCAGUGGAUGUUGGACAUUUGGUUCUACUGGUUCAUGAGGACACCAGCCAGGCUGUUAAAGAUGAACUGCUGGUAAUUAUGGCAACUGGAAUCCUUCCUGGACUGUAUUCAGAUGAGGAACUGAAGAAAGUGACGCUAAGGAUGAAAACAUGGAUGAAAAAUACACGGUGCCAUUUGAAGGAUGACCAAGCUCUUGAAAUGUAUUUCAAAAACAUCAAAAGAAAUAUGCACGUAUUCCUGCUUUAUCCUCUCCUUCCGGACAAUCGUGAAAGACAAACCGGAAAAUCUUCAGAUUUGGAGACGCAUGUCACCAAGGCUGUAAGUCUCUGCUGUUGUGUAGAAGUGUACCAACCCUGGACCUCUAAGGCUUUAGCUGAAAGUGCCUUUUAUCAUUUAAAAGCCAGUGAGCAGAUACCCCAGACAGAUAGUACAGUUGCCAAGGAUAGCUUAGCUCAUAGUAUUUCUAAGGCAAUGGCAGGAAUACAUCUAUCGGCUACAAAAUAUGCUGUCCCACUGCUUCAUUUUCAACCGUUUGGCCCUCGGUCCUACGUAGAGCUGAUGGAUCGGUUCUUCUUUCUCUGCCGGCACCUCUUCGAGCAAAGUGGAGUUCAGUACAACCGGUUAGCAAAGCUUCUAGCAGAUGUGAAGGUCAUGACCGACACAGCUGCAAGGGACACUCAGGAAGUUCUGAGCUUUAGGGCCAAAUGUGAAGAAAAACAGAAGUGUCUAGACCAGCUGCAGAGAUCGGUGGAUAUGGCACAAAAAAUCUGGGAACGAACCCACCACCAAAGUUUGCAGGAAGAAGAAUGGCUUUCCAAACUAGAGAAUCAGUCACAUCGAGUUCAGCAACAAGUUCAAGAUGCCUUUAAUCAGGUGAGUCCGCUGUACCGAGCAGCUGUGGAGGCACUGCAGGCUUUGAGCCAGUCUGACGUGGAUGAGAUGCGACACUACAGGAUGCCACCUGAUGGAGUUGUCAUGGUCAUGGACAUUAUAUGCAUGUUAUUCAACCGUCCAUGUGGUUGGGACAGUAGCAGGCAACUUUUGUUGCAAUCCAGCUUCUUUCAGGAACUGGAAUUUUUCGACUGCUCUAAACUAACUGAUGAGACGAUUCAAAAGUUGGGUCAUAUAAUACAGGCACCAGCCUUUCAGCCAAGCUCUGUACGCGAUGUGAGCCGGGCUUGUGAAUCUUUGUGUCGAUGGGUGAGAGCAGUAUACCAGUAUGCUUGCGUACAGCGCCACAUGGCACCUCAAAAGGCUAAAAAGUGCAAUUUAGAUGAGCUCAUGGCUUCGAGUCGAGCGAGGUUGAAGGUCGCGAAGUUGCAGGAGGAGUCAGAUUGGGAAAGACUAGUUGAAUUGGAGAGACAACAGGAGCUCAACAGACAAGACAUGGAGUUGUUGAACGCCCAGCUUAGUACUGCAGAGGCUCAAGAGAGAGAGUCAUGUGCUGCUCUGAAACUGGUUGAACAUCACAUUAAAGAUUGGACAUCAGAAGAAAAGGAAGCAAAGUUGGCUAAACAACACAUUGCAGGUGACGCCCUGAUUUUGGCAGCUGCUGUUACUUACUUGGGUCCGUUCAGGCCUGAUGUUCGACAAGAGCUGCUCGAGAAGUGGCACAAACUUUGUCUGACUGGUGAAAUUAACAUGAAACGGGAGGACCCAUGUGCAGCACUUUUUGAUGAUGCCCCAAUCACAACUUGUGACCACUACGUGGCCAUUCCCAUCAGUAAGACAUUUCAAAUUGCUUUAAAUCGAAUACUUGGACUAGAUCUGGAUCGAAUCCAUGGAGAUUCCUCUGAUCUGGUCCGAAGUGUUCUUCUCUGGGGGAAUGUUGCUUGGGCUCAGCGUUGCCCUCUACUAGCAGAUCAUCAUAAAGAUGAGGAAUCUCAGACAUGGUUUCCUCCUGGUCAGUAUGCAAGAGGUGAAGAAAAAGGUCAUAAGAAGGAUAAAUAUGAACUUAUAGUUUCUGCUGAUGAUCCAGAGUUACUUGAUAAAUUUAAUCACGGAGCAAAAGAAGGUCUAAGAGUAUUGGUGAUGCACAUUGAACAAGCAAUAUCAAACCUACAAAUCCUUCAGGAGUUUAUUACACCAGCAAGUUCUCCUGGCUGGAGUUGCACAGUUAAAACUGCUCAUCCUGAAUUUCGCCUCGUUAUGAGCACUUCCCUUCCAGUCCAAACUGUGAUACAUGAAAUUCACUCUUCUUUCCUGGAGGAGGUUCAAAUGAUUGAUCUUUCUCCAAGCACAUCUGAAGUUCGGGACCUUAUUUUGACAGAACUGAUGCAGACUGAGUGUUCAGAACUAUGGAAACAAUAUCACCAAAUACAGACAAAAAAACAGACACUUCAGCAUAAAAUUUUUCAAAACAAGGUUUCCCUAAUGGAGUAUGUCAUGCAUGCAUCCGCACCACUUCUCCAGGACCCUGAGUUCCUUCCACACGUGUAUACAUGUCAGAGUAUCUCUCUUGAACUUGAGACAGAAAUCAAGGAGCUAUCUCAAGAGAUAGAUCGACACAAACCCCUGAUGGCUGAUUUUUAUCGAAUUGCAGAGCUCACCACGUCCCUUUACAACACUCUGCAGGACAUUGCCCGACUUUCACCAUGUUAUCUUUUCACUCUUCACGGAUUCCUGCUCACUUUUCGGUCAGCUUUAGCUCUGGAGAGCCCUGACAUGAAGUUUCAUAGAGAGAUGGAGCCCAAUGCAUCAGAGAUUACCUACAGAAUUUUGUCUCAUGUCUUUUCUCAGUAUAAACCCCGCUUGUUCCAGAACCAUUCUGCUUUAUUCAGAUUAUUGGUAUCUGUUGCCGUUAUUGCCCACAAUGAGGGCUGCCCUGAAGUAGAACGAGUCACUUUCCUCAGAGGAUUAAGCAACUGGAAAUCUUCAGAGUGUUUUUUAUCACCAUCCACACAGUCUAUCCCCAAGCUGCCAAGCUGGAUUCAAACACACUCUCAAGAUGAUGUCUAUCUGUUAGAGACGAUUGCACCCUUCAGGGGUAUUGUAUCAUCUCUGGUAAAUUCGUCCAAGCUAUGGCGGGAAUACCUGCGGUUUCCUUCCUCCACAGUGAUUGGACCAGUCCCUUGUCAGUCUCACUCUCAUUUGUCCACAAUGCAGCGGGCUAUUCUCUGGAAGACACUGUGUCCUCAGUGGCUAGCAGCAGUGGAAGAGGACCUUACAGCCUGUGCACAAGGACAUAUGCUACAUUCAUUUGCUGGAGACCCUCUAAUGGGCACUGUGGAAAUGAUCUCCAACCUUUUGUCCAAAAAUGAAGGUCCUGUAGUCGUACAUUUACCAGAUAAAAACGUGCCAGUAAGCAUCUACCCUCUCCACUUGAUUAAACAAGUUGCACAGUGCCAAGCGGACAACAAAGGGGUGAUGCUGAGUGUUAUUUCUUUCGGGUCUGGCUGCCAUCGAGAUGCUGUUCUCACAGCACUGGACAGCGCUGUCCAUAACGGCCAUUGGUUAGUCCUGAACAACUGUCAUCUGCUGGACUGUUGGGAUGUCAGAGUUGUGAACAAGUUAACACAAGUAGUGUCCUGCACUACAAAAGAUUUGGAGACAGAUGGCGGUGGAAGUGCAGGAAGACAUCCCCAGUUUAGACUGUGGCUCAUAACUAAAGGUGACAGACCUCACUCAGUCCCAGCUGCUGUUAGGAUUAGAGCCCUGCAUGUGGUGUGUGAUUCCUCCUGGGACCUGAAGGAUGUAUUGUGGUCCUCAGUAAAACAGACACUCUGCUUCUCUCCUGAAGACACUGUACACAUUCAGUGUGCAAUCCUGCACUCUGUCCUGCUGCAGAGACAAACAUUCAAACACCUGUGUCAAGGACAGCUUUACCUUUGGACUCAGGAAGAUCUACUUGCUCUGAUUGAUGCACAUCACCGUAUAACCAAACACUGUAGUGACCCCACUGAAGCAUUAGAGUACAUAGCAGGUCACCUGGUUUAUGGGAGCCAUGUGUCAGACCAUGCUGAUCUAGCAGUUGUGCAGAGUGUGGUUAGGGCCUGUCUAAGUCAGCCGUCUACUUUAUGGGGGUGUGGCCAACACAUUCUUUCAGAUAUCAUUAACUGUACAGGAAGAUUUGACAGUGGGGGCCUUUUGAAAGACCUGAGACAUCGUAUUCAAAGUAUCACUAGCAGUACGGACCCGUUAAUUUUGGGAUUUAGUCCAGGUAUGGCAGGUGAACUGGUGAAGCUAAAAAGUCAUACCCUCAACAUUCUACUGCAUCAGUCACAGAACAUUUAUACUGAUAUCAAGGGAGAGACCAGUCUUUUAAUGCAACCCCAAGAACUUCCAGACUAUAGAACAGCUUGGGAAAGGUUGCUAACUUACAAGACAAGGAGGAAAAUGGACAUUGGCAUGGGAAUAGAAUCUGCGUCUCUUGGUCCGUUGCGUUGUUUCUUCCAGGCAGAGUGGGAGCGUCUGGAUUCGCUGGUGUCUUCCCUCCUUUUAAACAAUUUUCAGCCAGUUAAAUAUAACAUGACAAGCUCCACUGCUGCCUAUCUAACAUCAUCAGCUCUCUCAUGUCUGGAGACUCAAGCAGACCUGCUCAGGUCAUACCUGUGGGAGGAGUCAUCCAGUACUGCACCUCAUGUUUAUCGACUGGCUGCCUUUCUCAAUCCCAGAGGCUUUCUGACAGCGCUGAUCAGAGAUGCAGCCCACAUCCAAAACAAGGAUAUCAGUCUUUACUGUUUGCAUUUCAAGGUAAAGCUCAGUUUUUCAAACACAUCCUGGAAAAAUCAGCCAGAUAAAUUCCACAAAUAGGGUACAAAAAUAGGAUAAAAAUAGGGUUGCAAAUUUUGCAUAAAUGAAGUAGCUGUCAUUCAGCUAGUUAUAAAUUGUUUU